CAAGGUUGCGUUGUCGAGUCAGUCGCGGAUUGUGUGCCAGUGUGUGCACACGUAGCCGGUGGCACUAAACACAGUGACCUAACGUCUGAUUUCGCGCGUUCCGCGUGCUAACGUGUGCUGGAUUUUCGUCAACUAAGCAAGGAUUUUUUGAUAUUCGACUGGCCGGGCGCGGAGGAUGUCGGCGACCAAGUACACGCACCCGUUCAUGCGCGGGCUCAAGCCGCUGCCCGACGGGCACGAGGAUGAGAUCCAGCAGAUUAGAGAAUGGAUGAAGAGCCAGGCGCAUCUGCCGUACAUCUCCGACGAGUACGUGAUGUUGUUCUUGCACUCCAACUACUACAAAGUGAAAGAGACGAAGGACACGAUCGAAUGCUACUUCACACUGCGCGCAAACACCCCAGAUCUGUUCAGCAAUCGGGAUCCUCUGUCGCCGAAGAACAAAGCCAUACUGGAUAUCACGAACAUGAUCGCCCUCCCGAACAAAACCACCGAAGGUUACCACGUGCUGCUCUACCGGCUGUCCGAAUUCGACUACAGCAAGCUGAACUUCGCGGACGCCGUCCGGGUGUUCUGCAUGUUCAACGACGUCAAGCUGUCCGAGGACUGCCUGUCCGACGGGUACAUCGUCAUCUUCGACAUGAAGGGCUGCAGCCUUGGCCAUUUGACCAGGGUCACGCUGCCAGCGUUGAGAGCUUUCAUGCAUUAUAUUCAGAACGCCCAUCCUUGCCGUCUUAAGAAAAUCCAUGUCGUUCACACGGUUUCCUUCAUCAACCAAGUAAUGUGCCUCGUCAAGCCGCUCAUCCACUCAAAUCUCCUCAAUUUGCUCAACUUUUCUUCCGAGGGCCCAGCUUCUGUCGUGGAUAAGGAACUCCUGCCCGAAGACUACGGCGGCCCCCUCCCCCCAGUCAAGCAGUUCCACGAGGAACAAAGAAAGAACAUGGAAGAAAACUAUAGGGAUUGGUUGAUAGAGACUGAGAUAUUCAAAGCAGACGAAAAGAAAAGGAUAAAGAAACCAAGCAGAGGCAUGUUUGCCAGUUUUACCAGCAGCUUCAAAAGCCUGGACAUCGACUGAUGCAAUCAUGUCCAAUAAUGCACCAGGGACCUGAUUACUAGCAACGUUUGUAUAAAGAAUUUUGUAUUUAGUCGUACUUUUAGAUGUACUACUUAUUUUUAUUUGAUUUUUGUUUUUAGAGCAAUAUCUUUAUUAUGAAGAACCAAAUAUCUAUGCUAUUCUGUUUUCUCUGGGUAAGGUUUCAUCGGAUAAAACUUAGUAAAAAUGCUCAUAGAGUUUUGUUAUUAAAUUAAGCUUAGUCACAUUUUAUUGUAAGAUUAGUUAUUGUAAGAUUUGUCUUUGUCAAAGUAUCUGUGAUGAUAAAGAGGUAUAUUUUCAUAAAAAAAUUUAAAGCACACCUUUUUGUUGGAAAAAUUAGAAUUAAAAAUACUUAUUGUUUAGAUAUUGUAAUCAAAGAUAUUAUUUUCUUCUGACUAAAGACUUGUUAUUUUUUGUUAGUUAUGCGAAUAGAGGCAUGAUAUUUUAAUGCUUAAAUGUAAUUUUAUAUUUAUCUUGUAUGAUAGUUUUAGUUAUUUCCAGAGUUUAAGCUUAUUUCGUA